CUGCGUUGCUAGGUGUAUUCACUAAGCGUCUUGCUUAUGGUUACUAUGGCUACCAGCCUCUUGGUCCGUUAGCUGCGUUUUUAGCUCGCAUGAUAACGUUUUAUCCUCCGAUUAUUUUCACAAAUGCUAUUUCCAGUCUUAUGUGUGACUGAUAUUUGAGGCGGAUAGAUAUGAUUCGUGACAAUUUUAUCCCCGCUAAACGAGCUCUGUGAAUGAGAUUGUGGAUACAUGAGUCUCAGAAGCUUUACAGAGAUGGGGGACGUCUUGGCGAACGAGGCAGAUCUCCUACUGAUGAUCAAAGAAUAUUUGAAGUUCUGUGAGCUGGAGGAAACAGUGAAGAUCUUUGAAAAGGAAUGCAAGAGCAAAGGAAAACCUGUACCAAAAAUACGUAGCAGUUUAACUGAAGACUCCAAAACGUUAAACAUACAGAAAGAUCUUCUCAGCUCGUUUGAUGAUGGAGAGAUGAAGGUUUUCUUCGAGCUAUGGACAGAAAACAUGCCUGCACAUGUACGUGACAGUGACCCUAAUGUACAGAAACUGGAGUUCUACCUGCACAUUCAUUUUUCCAUUUAUCCACUGAAGAACUCUGUUGGAAAGCAGGAUAAAGCUGAAUUUGAUGAGCGGAUCAGUCAUUUUAAACACUUCUUGGAGACGAGAGGAGCAGUGCUGAGCCAAACCACCGAGUUCCUGCCGUUUUACGCUCUGCCUUUUGUUCCCAAUCCUGUCGCACAUCCGUCCUUUAAGGAGCUCUUCCAGGACUCCUGGACUCUAGAUUUAAGAAAAAGGCUUGAAAAGGUGUUGGUCUCUACCCUGAGAGCAUCGGCUGCACCAAGGCUAGUCAUGCUACAUAGAGAGAGCACAAAAAGCAACAGAGAAUUUAUGAAGCAGCUAGCUGAAGCAGAGAAGCAGGUUUCAUCAUACAUGAAGAAGUUCAGUAAACUCCAGGCUGAUUAUCACAGCCUCAUCAGCGUGACUGCUGAACUUGUGGACUCACUUGAGGCUACUGUGCAUGGGAAAAUGAUAUCCCCUGAGUAUCUGCAGAGUGUGUGUGUGCGCCUCUUCAGUGGACACAUGAGCCAAAGCGUCGCUCAGAGCAUCGAUUUUACACGACCCGGAACAGGAUAUUACUCUAUGACUCCUUAUGAUGAUGGAUAUGCCUCCUCCAUGUUACGAGCAUCCAUUGCAGCACAGAGUAAAGACGUCCCGUUGUUGCCCUCACUGGACUACGACAAGCUGAAGAAGGAUCUGAUCAGUGGCUCAGACAGACUGAAAGCUCUGCUGCUCCAGGCCCUGCGCUGGAGGUUGACACGCUCAGUUCAGGGUGAGCAGAGAGACACGGUUCUACAGGCCUUCAUCAGUAACGACCUGUUAAACCUCUACACCAAUAAACAGAAAUCUGUGGUUCACCUCAUCAAAGAGAAGAAUGAGACAGUGAGGCAGUACACAGCGCGGCUCCUUAACACCUUCGCCUCUUUGUCCGAGGGUCGUGCGUAUCUGUCUCAGUGUUCCUCUCUGCUGAAGCUGUUGGUUGAAUGUUUGCAGUCUGAGGACAAGGACACAGUGACCAAAGAGAAAGUGUUGGGGGCGCUUCAGAAACUCAGCCUCAGACGGGUCCAUCAGUCAGCUCUGAUCAGAUUGGGUCUUAUAUCGUGGUUGAUUGAGGAGCUACAGGACGCAGACUCUUUGGCAGAUUACACAGUGGAGUAUGCUGUAACCCUGCUGAUGACACUCUGUCUGCGGACUCAGGGAAAAAGAAAAUGCACAGAAAAAGCCAAACAAGUGCUAAAGGUUUUGACUGACCUUUUGGGACACGAAAACAAUGAGAUCCGGUACUAUGUAAAUGGAGCUCUGUACAGCAUACUGAGUGUCCCAACAUUACGCCAAGAGGCCAAAGAAAUGAGCUUGGAGGAAAUCCUGCGCUGUUACAUGAAAGAGGAAAAUCCUGAACUGAACAGACAGAUGGAGUUCAUCAUCAAACAGCUUAACUCAGAGGACACACCCAAAGAUGAGCCGGAGUCAGGGGAUGAAGAGGAGGAUGAAGAAGAUGAUGAGGAUGUGAUGGAGCCCGAUCUGGAUAAAGAGGAAGAUCUCCAGCCUCAGCCUAAAGAGCUCACUGGAGAACACUUACUGACUACAGAGUAUCUGGGAAUCAUGACCAACAUGGCAAAGGUGACGAGAUGGAGUGUGCAUGCCUCUCAGAGCACAGACGAGCUUCUCGUGAGACCCGUAACACCCAACUCACACAGAAACUCUGUGGCUGCCCCUGACAGACUUGACUCUAUCUUCAACUCUCGCCCUAGUACCAGCGACUCCAUCCGGCGUACACUAGAUUCCGUCUGGCGCUUAUCUCAGGAAUCGGUAGGAUCGGAUGUGAACGCUCACACACACAGUGAUGUCACCAGCAGCUUCACUGGCCAGCCCACAACCCCACGCUCAACUGCUGAAAUAGGGGGUGGGGUCCUGUCGAAACUCCGCCCGCUCGGCCCACAUUUCUCCCACAGUGGACCACAACAGAGCGCCAGCAAACCGCACAGCGCUACACACACAUCACACAGCACACAGUCUAACAGGAAGUGAAGAGAAGUUCUGCUGAUGGACAUGCGGCUUCCUGUAACAUCAUUCCUCCUCCUUAUCAGGCCAAAAGGGACGAGUGCAGGAGGAACAAAGCUUGCGUUUGUGGACUGCGUGCUGAUUCAGGCCGACUGAGCCACUGUGUUACCCAACACCACAAUAACACCUUUAUCAUCAGCAGCACAGACUCCGCCCCUUCACCUUCACUCUGCUCACUCCACACACUGCACAGCUUUACACGUCACCUCCUCACUCUAAUAAAAAAACUAACGUGGAACUAUUGAGAAAGUUCAUUUAGAAUCGAAUACCGUACUGUUUUUUUAUCAAAUUGCUGUAAAUGCUUUUUUUUGUUUGUUUUGUUAUAUUUGUUUGCCUCAGUUUCGUUUAUCAUUGUUUGUUGUACAUUUUCCGGCAUGUUAGAUUAGCUACUACAGUAUUCUUUCCAUUUUAGAUCAAAUUCUUCUGUUCAACUUGGUCAAAACGAAAACAUCCACGAACAUCCUUAGACGUUUUGAGUUAUGACCAAACUGCUAUUUUUUUUUUUUUUUUUUAAAUCGAGAACAUAUCAAUGAAAUCUUUACUUCGUUCCUCAUUGUAGCACUGUUUUGAACGUUAAACAAUGUUUAAUUGAUAUUUUAAUGUCUUUAGAGUUCCGGGGUUUGUUCCUGUUUGUUAAUGUCAUAAAUAAUCUAAGUUAGCAUAACUUGUUAGGAAUCUAACAGUAAAAUGACUUUCAUAAUGCUUUAAGCCAAUAUUUUAAACAAUAAAUAUUUAAUAAAUAUGAUCCUCAUUAUUUA